AUGAUCAGAAAUGGAGCAGCAGCAGCAUCCCGCGAGCGCCUGCAACGGCCUCGCCAGCAGCCCCAGCAACGCUUGCCAUCCCCGGAUAGUGAUUCGGAUGGUGGUGCACCCGCACCAUUUGUGCCACGCUUUCGAGAUAUUGACUUUGAGAGGCCAAGAACUGCCCCCAACGUACCAGCAAGCCUGGCAAAGCUAAGUCCCCAAAGACGAAGAAACUCUCUCAUGAAAGCGCCCCCUGUAUCUUUCCGGAAACCCAGAACGGACUCUACCUAUUCAAACAAGACGCCCUUGAUCAGCUCGAAACGCCUGUCUGGCACGUCCCUGCACAAUAAUCUGCAAGCGCCAUCCGCCCCCUUCUCUCGUGCUCGAACCAAUUCUCUGCUCACCAUGAACACGGGCAAGGGCUAUGUUGACCUGAUAGAUGCGCAGUCGCAGUAUGUGCCUCUGCAUUUCCAGACAAGGAUCAAGGCCGAAGGAGCAAGAGACUACGGCGAGGAUGUUGCCGACAGAAACCUCGGCGAGAACGGCUUCGAUUUGACCUCACCACAGGCCCAAGCCUUUUAUGCGCUGACAGGAACCAAUCCGUGCGAGCCACCAGACAGCUACCCUCCACCCAUCUGGACAAGCACCUUUGGUGACAAUGGACGACCUUUCCAGCCACAAGCGCCGUACAAUUACCCUCGAAGCACCACUAGACGCUCAUCUCACCAUGACUUGGUCAAUCCGCUCCUCCAGAAUCCCCCCUUUCCAUCCUCGUCAGAGUAUUCAAGUACAAACGAGCUCUCCACUUCAAGACUCAGCCUCCACAUGUCACAGCCCAACCGUGUGGAUAGGCGGCAGUCUCUAAGCUCAUACAUUCCCACUGCUCCGACAUCGCCCUAUACAGAAACGGCACCAAGACCCAAGAGCAUGCACAAACCAACGCGAAGUGCCAACCAGCUUGUGAGCAAGGAACAGCGUUCGAGUUUCCGCUCGUCGACAAGCAGCGGCCUGGGCAUUUAUUCUCAUCUGUUGCCGCAAAUGCAGCCUGAACCACCAGCUCUGUCUGCGCCAUUUGCACGAGACUCGGUCAUGCUGGCGAAGACGAAUUAUUCUCUGCCGGGCAGCUCGAAGACGAGCAGAAAGACGCACCGUCGCAGGAUGGACGACAUGCGCUAUUCUACCCACGAGGAUGUGUUUCAACAUGUCGACUAUGCAGGGGAUCGAGACGAAUAUCCCAGGCCCAGUGAUGCCUCGCUCUUUGUCUCACCGCUGCGGUUGAACAAAUCCCAAAACCACAAGACCGAUGACGGAUACGAUUCACCAGAUGAAAGCGACGACUGGGUUGAUCAUUAUGAGCUUCCAACCGCCGCCAACCCCCCGGUGUCCCUGCCUCAAUCCAAGCAAACCGUCCGCCCCCGGGGGAAAAGCAUUGAGGGCGCUUACCAGCGAGCGAAAAGCCUUGGCCCUCUUCAUGGACGCAUCAGGCUCGACGAAAUUUAUGAGCACAUCCCGGUCCGAACCAGUAGCCUCAACCAAUGGUCGGUAUCGUCAAACACGCCCACAAUAUCCAGCACAAGCUCGAUACGCUACACGAGACCAAUGUCUCGUCACACGCCGAACACGUCUAUUGACCUGCCCAUCAUAUCACCGAAGAACGUGAGCCGCAGUGUCGUGUCUCGUGGCAGCAAUCCUGACGACGUGAGCUCGUACCACACGGCCCUCAACAGUACGGCGCACACGCCGAUCAUAUCGCCAGUGCGGGUCGACGCCAACUUUAACAUUGACGACCAAAUUUCUUCGGACGAUGACGUCGAUGCCGAUUCAUUCAUCAGCCGGAAGGAAGACAUGGGCGAGCGCGAACAGGGCCUCCUGUUCCGAAAUACGGGGUACGGAGGUGACGGACUCCAGCUCCCUGGUCUACUCGACAGCAUCCCCGCGCGCCGCCCGUUCCGCAGGCCGUGCACCCAAUGCGCCACUCCCGCAGUGCGCCGCUCGCGUCUGACUGACAUCAGCAGCGGUCGGAGACUGACGCUUGGUGCGAACAACUAUGAGCAGGGACACACCGCAGACAACGCCGUCCAUGACGAGAUGCCAGAAAUGCCAGACGAGCAGCAGGCGAGUCUGCCACGAGAAGACUUGGCGUCGGGACGACUAGGGAUGAAGAGGAUUUCCGCCUUGGGGGGCCAUACACCAGGAGGAGAGCGUGCCGAAAGUCAUCGGCUCGCCGAUUGUGGAGGAAAAGGAGUUUGGGGGACAUGGUCAGGCAUGGGAUAA